AUGCUCCCGUCACGGGCGUCAUCCGACGUCGUCUCGCCGUCGCCCAUUCCGCUCGCGCUCGCCCUCCUUGCCGUGCUACUCGCCGCGCGCGUCGCGUUCGUCUGGCGUCGCGGCCGCUCCCGCCGGCCAGCUGGCGAUCCUCCGCUCCGCACGCUCGUGGUGCUCGGCUCGGGAGGCCACACCGCAGAGAUGCUUGUGCUGCUGCGCGCGCUGCCGCCAGAGGCGUACGCGCCGCUGCUGUACACCAUGGCGGCGUCGGACACCACGAGCGCCGCCAAGGUGGCCGCCUUUGACGCCGAACGGGCGCGGCGGUGCGGCAGGAAAGCGCUGCUGCCGAGCGAGAUGCUGCGGGUGCCGCGCAGCCGCGAGGUGGGGCAGUCGUACGUGACGAGCGUGGCGACGACGCUGCGCGCGCUGAUCGCGUCGCUCCUCCUCGUCUGGCGUGCGCGGCCCGACCUGCUCCUCUGCAACGGCCCCGGCACCUGCGUGCCGCUCUGCGCGGCGGCGUGGAGCCUCCGGCUCGCGGGCGUCAAGCACGUCGAGGUGGCUUUCGUCGAGUCCUUCUGCCGCGCGCGGCUCGGGCUCUGCCAACACUUUCUGGUGCAGUGGCCGCAGCUGGCCGCGAGGUACCCGCGCGCAAGGUACCUCGGGCGCCUCUGCUGA